AGGCUGCAGCGUCCGCACCUCGCGCAUCCGCGUCGCGGGUUCGAAGCCAGGGAUCGCGCGCCGCGAGUUCGUAUCCCAGCCGCGAUGCUGUUCGACAAGGUGAAGGCGUUCGUGGUGCAACUGGAUGGUGCGAACGCGGGCGCCGAGCCCGUGUUCAGCGGCGGCCAGGCGGUGGCCGGCCGGGUGCUGCUGGAGCUGGCGGGCCCGGCGCGCGUGGGCGCCCUGAAGCUGCGCGCGCGAGGUCGCGCCCACGUACACUGGACCGAGUCGCGCAGCGCGGGCUCGAGCACCGCGUACACGCAGAGCUACAGCGAGCGCGUGGAGGUUGUGAGCCACCGUGCCACACUACUCGCGCCAGACACCGGAGAGAUCACAACGCUGCCUCCUGGACGCCAUGAGUUCCCAUUCAGCUUCCAGCUGCCACCGACGCUAGUGACUUCAUUUGAAGGCAAACAUGGCAGUGUCCGAUACUGCAUCAAAGCCACCCUGCACCGGCCCUGGGUCCCUGCCCGCCGGGCAAGGAAGGUGUUUACUGUUAUCGAGCCUGUGGACAUCAACACACCGGCUCUGCUGGCCCCUCAAGCGGGAGCUCGGGAGAAGAUUGCCCGAUCCUGGUACAGUAACCGUGGCCUUGUCUCCCUCUCAGCCAAGAUCGACCGCAAGGGCUAUACACCAGGUGAGGUGAUCCCCGUCUUCGCCGAGAUUGACAACGGCUCCACGCGCCCAGUGCUGCCACGGGCGGCCGUGGUCCAGACACAGACCUUCAUGGCGCGAGGUGCCCGCAAACAGAAACGAGCAGUGGUGGCUAGUCUCUCAGGGGAGCCUGUGGGCCCCGGGCGGCGGGCACUGUGGCAGGGCCGGGCGCUGCGGAUCCCUCCUGUGGGUCCUUCUAUUCUGCACUGCCGCGUGCUACAUGUGGACUACACCCUCAAGGUAGAGUAUCGUCGGGGGCUGGGGUGGCUGCAUCUGCUCUGUCCUCCAGGCUGGGGUUCCCCCCGCCCCCCACCAAGGCCUCCUGCUGUAGAAGGAGGGUGUGGCCGAGGCUGCCUGGGCACCCUCUGUCAUGGCUCCUUCCUCCAGGUCUGCGUGGACAUCCCGGGCUCGUCCAAGCUGCUCUUGGAGCUGCCGCUGGUCAUCGGCACCAUCCCUCUGCAUCCUUUUGGCAGCCGCUCGUCCAGCGUGGGCAGCCAUGCCAGCUUCCUGCUGGACUGGGGACUGGGGGUCCUGCCAGAGCGACCUGAAGCACCUCCCGAGUACUCAGAUGUGGUGGCCGAUGAGGAGGUGGCAGCCGUGGAGCAGAGCCCCUUCCGACUACUGCAGGACCCUGACGUGGGUGCUGAAGGCCCCUUCUUUGCCUACAUCCAGGAGUUCCGCUACCGCCCGCCACCCCUGUACUCCGAGGAGGAUCCAAACCCACCCUCAGAGGCCAUGAGGCCCCGCUGCAUGACCUGCUGAGUGGCAAGUGGAAACUUCAAGGGAUGAGGUUGUACACGUGCUUCCAGCCAGCCUGGACAUGAGUGAGGAGUGGCUGGAUCAAGAACAGACCAGCCUGACUGCACUGAAGUUGGGGAAACCGAGUCUCAGAAUGGGGCAGGGCCAUUCCAACAUCACACAGAGCAGAGGAAGAACCAGUCUGGAGUCUAACAUAUCUGGACUGGUUCUCAUAAGGUAUCAAAUGCCCACCGUAAGAUCCGAAAGACUGUUCAACCUGUCUGUGCCAGCCUGUGGUCCCCCAGAAGCCUCCAGUCUGGGAGAGACAGAGCCAGACAUAAAUACUUCCAGGCCUACAGAACCAGAGGAAGGGACCAAGAGCUGGGAGAGUCCAAAGGGGGAGCAGGAAGGCUUCCUGGAGGAAAGGGCAUUUUAGCUGAGGCUUUGGUGCAUGAAUAAGAGCUCAGAGGGCAGGCAAGCAAGGGGAAGGAAAAGUCGAAGAAGGUCAGAGCUGAGUGAUGUUUGGAGACUGCCUCCUUCAUCUUAGAACUGGGGCUCAGAGAGCAAGUGCCUCAGUCGAGGCCACACCGCAAGGUCCGGCAGGCGAGAGGGCCCAGGAAUGAGGCAUUCAGGGAAGCAGGUCAUCAGAGCUGUGUGGGGCAACAGGGCAACAGGGGCAGCGACUCCAGCCUUUGAAACCUUUGAAAGCCAGAGAUUCCUGGCCCAGGCUAGGCUUCCUGGGGGCCCCUCCACACACUCCAGGACGUGAGAGCUGCCUGGGUAUUGUAUGGCCCGAGAAACCCAGGUUCAGAGUGGGACAGACAAGACCAGCUCCAUCACUUGCAAAAUGAAGAUGUGGGGCCCCUUGUUCAAGAAUUCAGAAUUUCAAGACGGGGACAGCAGAGCAUUAAACCAGGCUGCGGGAACAGAGGUCAGUCAGCCUGGGGUGACACAGCAGGGCCAGUGUGCUUCUUAUGGGCACCCCCUGUGUCCUGGAGGGACAAAACAUAAUGGGGCAGCUGGACAAGCCCCCAAGUGCAGAGUCCCAGCCCAGGCUGAGGCAGGACCCUCGCCUGGGACUCCGCAUUUCCGUUAAGCCUUAAAUUGUUCUCUUUUGUACAAUUAUUUUUUAAAAAUAAAAGCACGGAGGAAGA